CCUGCGAAAUUACGCAGAGAUAAAUUAAAUGUCUAGCACAUUGCGCCAUUCAUAACAUCGUGGAUUGUUUAUAGAGAUAACACACAGAUUCUUUGACGACAGGAGAUAAAACAAGAAAUGCCACGGACAAAGUGUUGUCCUGUUGUCCUCGUUUUGUUGACCGGAAUUGUCGCCAUCUUGGCACAGCAGAGAUGUCCGAGCGAACUUUGCCGUUGUGAGAGAGGACAUCCGGGCAAAGGUCGCAUAAUCAACUGUCGGUCACGUGGCCUGAGUAGAAUACCCCACUUUAUGCCUUCGGAUGAACUAUUCUACGAACUCACGCUAGCCAACCAGGUUAACUGUGACCGUUGCAACAACUUCACGAGCAUACUCAAGGAUGCAUUUAAAGGAUUAAAGAUAAAAGUUUUACGUGUGGACAACGUCAAUUUGGAUUCUGUUGACCCUCAUGCUUUUAAUGGACUAUUGAUGUACAUUGAAGAAAUUUCCAUACACGGAAAUGGACGCCAUCCACCCCCGUACCGUGCUUUAUCUACUCUGACAAACCUGAAGAAAUUAACUCUGAAUGGAUUUCAACAAACUUCAAUCACCCGUGAAAAUGCAGACUUCAGUCGUUUGUCUAACUUACAUGAACUUGUGCUCAAGAACAUGGAUAUAUCAUAUAUUACGAAAGACGCUUUCAAAGGCCGGCUCCAAAAGCUCAAGAAGUUGCGAAUGGAAUACUUGCCACUCGGAAGCCUCCCUGAUACUGGUUUGAUGCCUUUGACAAAUCUAGAGGAGUUAAGCAUAGUAUAUGUCAAUUUAAGACGAAUUCCAUUCGGAGCUUUCAGGUCUUUUAAGAAAUUGAAAGUGUUGGAUAUGUCUCACAAUGCUAUUAACGACCUCGUUCCUGACUGUUUUAAAGGGAUCGAGAACUCGUUGGAAUACUUGGGUCUACAUCUGAAUCAGUUAGAUGCCGGAAAUAUUGGUCCUUUGGCGUCACCGACCUGGAAAAAGCUGACCCAACUGAACAUUGGACACAACUAUCUGAAACGACUUCCACUCGGUUUGUUUUUCAAUAUGAGGUCGUUGGAAUACCUAAAUUUGGAUUCGAACAGAAUUACUUCGCUGCAACCAGGAUCUUUUCAAGGAUUGCAGAAUUUGACCUAUCUAGACCUUUCAGGAAAUAUGAUCUCGUCUUUGGUGCCAGGGAUGUUUCAACACACUCCCAGACUCUCGGAAUUGGACUUAAGUGGCGAAAAUACUCGACAGUUUAAUCUCACGGCUGACGGUUUACGUGGCUUAGGAGAACCUCUAAGAAAGUUGUACUUAAGAAGUACCCCAGUUGUUGAGCCAGAGUUGUGGGGAGCAGUUCAGACUCUCUACAAUAUACAUACACUGCAGCUUGAUGGCACAAAACUCACCGAAAUUCCAGACUUCCAAUUCGUACACAAUACCCAUCUCGAGGAACUAAAUCUAGAACAAAACCGAUUCAGCCAACUCAAUGAAAGGACAUUUUACGGGUUGUCGCAGUCCUUGAAGAUCCUUUAUCUUCAAGGUAAUCAGUUUCGGACAAUUGGACGAUGUGUGAUGCAACAGCUGACGUCAUUGGAUACGUUAUAUCUGGGAAAUAAUCCGCUUGACUGCGACUGCAGACAUCGCUUCUUACGGCAGUGGAUUAUCGAUAGAAUCGCAGAUGACUUCCUCAAUAAAUAUAUCAUCGAAAGCUACUGCAACACACCUAGCAAUUACAUGGGCAGGGCUCUUUGGGAAAUACCGGAAGCGGAACUUGUUUGCGAGCCUGCGUAUGAAGAAGAAAUAUGUGAAAAUAUUUCCACGGUCUCGACUCCACAUACAACCAAACAAACUACUCUAGAUCCUUUUCCGACUUUGCCGCACACCGGAAACGGGUCAUCCGUGUUCCGGUUCACAAAGAUCAUUGAGACGGACACUGGGAUACGUCUAGAAUGGACGGCAGAUGAGGAAAUUGAGAAUGGAUUUAGUCUGGAGUAUCAGCUCUUGGGUAAAGUAUCAGAAAUCAGAGCCGAAGAACUGCAUAGCUCAAAACGGAACUUUCUGAUAUCGGGUCUCGAUAAGAACACCCACUACCUCAUGUGUCUUCGAGUAAAGCCAAAACACAGAGAAACUCAGGAAAAAGAACAACGGACUUGUAUUGCUGUUAGAACACUUCCGUGAAAAGUUUUGUGUAAAUACUAACACUUACAUGAAACUGACUUUGAAGAUACGAAACCAUGGCGCCGCAUGGAUUAAAAACUGAUAUUAAAUAUAUUUACAUCAUACCAAUAAGAACACUAACUAUCAAUAAGGUAGCUACAAUAACAAAAGUUGGACAAAUUUCUUAAUUUGAAAUAAGUAAUAAGAAAUAUUUUGUAGACAUAUUUUUUCAAAGUUUUCUUGCUAUAAUAAUAUCAGAAUACCGUUGAUGCUGUCCACACCAGUGAUAUAGAUAGAAAUAAUGUUUUUGUGUACAUUUUGAAUAAUUCUUUUGUUUCAUCUCGAAAUUUCUUUGAUGAGAAAUAUACUUAACCAGAAUUUUUCUUUUACGAACAAUUUCACCAUAUAUUUCGUAUUAAGCAAUUAUGUGAAGAGAACCCAAAGUACCCAAUUGAUUGAAACGGAUACCUCAUAUUGUUUUAUGUCUGGGGAAAAUCGAGACCCGGUGGUUAUGAUCUUGGCUACAUCAUGUAUAGUGUGACAUUGUAAUGUAACGUUGUAAAAAAGAAUUUGUACAUAUGAUGUUGUAAAUAAUUGCCAUUCACUUAAUUAUAUUAUUAACUUAUUGAAAUGUCGCUAUCUCGAAUACCUCGCUUAUCUCGAAAUAAUUGUCUCUAAGCCGUUUGUUACUUGUACCUUUUUCUGUGAUAAA